AAAAGGGACAGGAAGAGAGGAGGACCAGGAGAGAAGGAGUCAACAGGGAACACUAGCUGUGUGGGACUGGGGCAGAAGGACUAGCAUGGUUUGACCUUGAGGAGGCAUCACUCCAGUGAAUCCCAGAGAAGCAAGUGGCCCUAGAGGGACAAGAGAGGAGACAGACACUGGGGUUAACCUGUCUCUCUCAGGCUUACCUCUAGAAAUGACUCAUGUAUUAUCUACUGGAUCUAAGUGGCAUCAAGAGGACAAUAAAGGCUAAUCAUACCAUCUCAUUGCCACUACCUGUGGAUGUCCCUUUGAUAUAAACUCAUAUUGCUGUGUAUUCGUCUGGUGGCAAAGUAGUUAGUUAGGGAUGGAGGCUGUCUUGUUGGGUUUAGAUGAGGUGGUCUGUACUCGACAGGGCUUGCUAUGGACUCUCACCUCCACAGCCAUCCGGCGGAUUCGCGUGCAUGCCAGGAACCUUCCUGGGCCUCUGCAUCUAUUGCACACACACAGGUGUGUUUCAAGGCCGCUUUAUCAGAUGACAGAGGGCCGGCGAUGUCAGGUCCAUCUGCUGGACGACAGGAAGCUGGAGCUCCUCGUUCAGCCCAAGCUGAUGGCUAAAGACCUGCUGGACCUUGUGGCCUCUCACUUCAACCUAAAGGAGAAGGAGUACUUUGGAAUUGCAUACACUGAUGAAACGGGCCAUUUUAGUUGGCUGCAGCUGGACCGCAGGGUAUUAGAACAUGAAUUCCCCAAGAAGUCUGGUCCCAUUGUCCUCUACUUCUGUGUCAGGUUCUACAUAGAGAGUAUAUCCUACCUGAAGGAUAACGCCACCAUUGAACUGUUCUUUCUUAAUGCAAAGUCCAUCAUAUACAAGGAGCUAAUUGAAGUAGACAGUGAGGUUGUCUUCGAAUUGGCUUCCUACAUUCUCCAAGAGGCUAAAGGUGAUUUCACUAGUAACGAUGCAACUAGGUCUGACCUGAAAAAGCUGCCUGCUCUACCCACCCAGGCCCUAAAGGAGCACCCGUCACUGGCUUACUGUGAAGAUCGGGUCAUAGAGCAUUACAAGAAGCUCAGCGGGCAGAGUAGAGGGCAGGCAAUCGUUAAUUAUAUGAGCAUUGUAGAGUCUCUACCCACAUAUGGAGUGCAUUACUAUUCUGUAAAGGACAAGCAGGGGAUCCCAUGGUGGUUGGGUCUGAGCUAUAAAGGCAUCUUUCAGUAUGAUUACCAGGACAAAGUUAAGCCCAGGAAGGUGUUCCAAUGGCGUCAAUUGGAGAACCUCUACUUCAGAGAGAAGAAGUUUUCGGUGGAAGUUCAUGACCCCAGGAGUAGGGCGUCGGUAACGAGAAGGACGUUCGGUCACAGCGGCAUUGCUGUGCAUACCUGGUACGCCUGUCCUGCCCUCAUCAAGUCCAUCUGGGCCAUGGCCAUCAGCCAGCACCAGUUCUACCUGGACCGCAAACAGAGCAAGUCAAAGAUCCAUGCAGCGAGGAGUUUGAGCGAGAUUGCCAUAGACCUGACAGAAACAGGAACACUGAAGACAUCCAAACUGGCCAACAUGGGCAGCAAGGGCAAGAUCAUCAGUGGCAGCAGUGGCAGCCUGCUCUCCUCAGGCUCUCAGGAAUCGGACAGCUCCCAGACGGCUAAGAAGGACAUGCUGGCAGCGCUGAGGGCCAGACAGGAAGCUCUGGAGGAAACGCUAAAGCAGAGACUAGAGGAACUCAAGAGCAUCUGCAUACGGGAGGCGGAGUUGACUGGAAAGCUUCCAAAGGAAUAUCCACUGGAUCCGGGAGAGGAGCCGCCAACUGUGAGACGGAAGAUCGGUACCGCCUUCAAACUGGAUGAGCAGAAAAUUCUACCUAAGGGAGAGGAAGAAGAACUUGAGCGUUUGGAGCGGGAGUUUGCCAUUCAGUCACAGAUUACCGAGGCAGCCAGGCGUCUCGCCAGCGAUCCUCACGUAAGCAGUAAAAAGCUGAAGAAACAGAGGAAGACUUCUUAUCUGAAUGCACUGAAGAAGCUCCAGGAAAUUGAGAACUCCAUCAAUGAGUACCGGGUCCGCUCUGGCAAGAAGCCUACGCAGAGAGCGUCGCUUAUCAUAGAAGAAGCCAAUAUUGGCUCUGAAGACAGCUCAUUGUCUGAUGCACUGGUCUUGGAUGACGAUGAUCCUCAAGUUACAGGUACCCCCACCUUCUCUCCAGUAGCUUCACCUCAUAAGGGGCUCCCUCCAAGACCACCAUCUCACAGUCGCCCCCCUCCACCGCAGUCCCUGGAUGGCCUGCGACACCUGCACUACACACGCUCUGACUAUGACAAAUCCCCUAUCAAACCCAAGAUGUGGAGCGAAUCAUCACUGGAUGAGCCCUAUGAGAAAGUCAAGAAACGCUCAUCUCACUCGAGUCACAGGCGUUUCCCGAGUUCGGGCAGUGCAGAAGCAGGGGGUAGUAAUUCUCUGCAGAGCAGCCCCAUUAGGAGCCUUCCUCACUGGAAUUCUCAGUCCAGCAUGCCAUCAACUCCGGACCUGAGGACCAGGACCCCGCACUAUGUACAUUCCACCAGGUCAGUGGACAUCAGUCCCACCCGUCUGCACAGUCUUUCUCAGCACUUUAGGAACCGCAGCUCCAGCCUUGAGUCCCAGGGCAAACUGCUGGCAUCCGAUUCCGACGCACAUCCGCACACCCUGGGCAGCCCUGACUUCUUCCUCGGCCCAGGACGCAGCUCCAAUGGCUCCGACCCACUGGAUGACUGUUCAUCCUGCACCAGCCAAAGCAGCUCGGAGCAUUAUUACCCCUCUGGAGGACCCCCUGGCAGUAACCCAAAUUACUCUACUCUGGGAGAAGAUUCACCCUCCAAAGCCAGGCAGAGGCAGAGGCAAAGACACAGGUCUGCAGGUCACCUGGGUUCCUCUAACUCUGGCUCAAUGCCAAAUCUGGCAGCUAAGAACGGUUCUGGUGGAGGAUUAGGUGGUAGUGGAGUGGGAGGGGGACACCAUGGAGUCUACCUCCACAGCCAGAGCCAGCCCUCUUCCCAGUACCGCAUCAAAGAGUACCCUCUAUAUGUAGAGGGCAGCCCCAACCCCGUGGUGGUGCGCAGCCUGGAGAGUGAUCAGGAGGGACACUACAGCGUGAAGGCUCAGUUCAAGACCUCCAGUUCCUACACGGCUGGGGGACUGUACAAAGAGGCUUGGGGGGGAGAGGAGGGAGGAGAGGGAAGCGGCCGACUUACGCCGUCACGCUCUCAGAUCGUAAGGACUCCAUCAUUGGGGAGAGAGGGUGGUGGAGGCGGAGGAGGUGGGAGGGCGGCCGUUUCUGAAGAACUGCGGUGCUGGUACCAGAGGUCUUCAGGGAGCCUAAAGGAGAGGAGUCACUCACAUUCGGGAUCCACAUCCUCUGAGACUGGGUCACAGCAAGGAACUCUGGGACAUGGUCGAGGAAGUAGAGUAGGAACACUCGCCAAAGGCUCACCAGCUGCUUCCCCUCACAGCCAGAGGAGUAUGACCCCGUCAAGUGAACACGCAGCUACACCCACACCUCCCUGCAGCCCACAACACAUCCUUAACUGGCAGAGCGGGACUUUGAGUGACAGCUGUUUUCUCAGCAGCCCUCUGUGUUCAGAGCUGGCAGAUGUCCAGUGGUACGGACAAGACAAGGCCAAACCUGGAACGCUGGUCUGAGACCUUCCUAUGGGGCCUAGAAAAGUCCCAUUGCCCUCUCCUACUGCCUCUCCAUUGUCCCCCACAAUUAUCCAUCAACAACUGACAACCUCAUCCUCAAAGCCCUGCAGAAACCCUGCCCUGAGCAGACUUGACGGGCUGGACGUGAGCCUCCCUCCUCCUAACAUCUCACCACCUCUUUAUUAUGACCUGUCUAUUGCAGUUCAGCAGGACAGGGACUACUCGCUGGGCUCUUUAAGGGCAGAUUUCACAGGACGGACUGAGAAAUGCCACCUCAGCUGUUGAACUGUCACCCUACAGCACCACAGAGCUCUUUCUUUACUCACCUACUGCAGCACACAAAUAACAGGGCAACGGGAAGCGAGCGAUGGGAAGUGAGAGCACAGCAAAACGUCCCACAUGCAACUCAAAACUCAGCAGAAACAACACAGGCCAUUCCAGGAUCUCUUUCAUAUUCAUCUUUGGUCCCCAGACUUAUUCCAGUGCACUGCCUCCCAGUCAGAGGAUACCUGCUGGAUUUGAGCCACCAGUUUAAAACCCAUUUCCAGGCCCAAACGAACUGUGUUGCAUUUCAUUCCCAUUAACACUUGUUUGUCUUUCUUUUUCUUCAUUUCUUCCAGCGUAUUUAUAAACAGAAAAGAUGACUGAAACAUUCAGGAGUUCUCUCUUUUACCCACAACCACAGACAGUUUCUGAAUCGACCAGUCACACCAGAGUUCUUGGGCAGGCACAAAGAAAAAAAGUGAAAACUGUACUCAAAGUGACGAUAUCAGCAUGGUUUCUGAGAGACUGUCUGGAUAUUAAUAAGGACUAUAGCAAUAACAACCCUCGUAGAAGUCUUUGGACUGGUUUGAAUCGGCGGAGUGAAUUCAAGGAUCAUGAUAGGGGGAAUUUGGAUUUGUGGUUGUUUGGCGUUACUCUUUUGCCUUCUUCACUGACUUCAUCCUUCGUGUUUAUUUUAAUAUCUGUGAUCUUCAGAGGAUUUCUCUGUCCGCAGCAGCAUGUUUGAUCACAUGGUGUAUGAGCCAGGGAGUAGAGGAGGCUUGGAAGAAAAGGUCAUUUAUGGGUGCUGUUCAGUCAUUACAGCACUUUUUUCAAUUUUGUCUGAAGUUUGUUGGUCUGGCCUUUGCGCACUGUUUCAUAUUAAACCCUGAAA